ACCACGUAGACAAAGUGGGGGAAGUAGAGGGGGGUGCUGGUAUUGGCCCCUGGUAAUCUUGUGGAUUCUUCAGAAACCAGUUGCAACAAAUAUUUUCAAAUUCAUGCUGUUUGCUUUCACCUUCAUCUUCUUGUUCCAUUACGUAGCAGACGGAUUUAAGAAUGGACCACCACCAUUAGAAUUUAGUAAGCUUGAAAAGUGUGACAUAUUUAUGAUGCAUGUUGAUAGUUCACCAAAACUUUCCAUAGUCCAGGCUUGCAGUAUAGAUUCUGUUGCUUUUCACCAUGAGGAUAGAAAAGUUUGCCUGGGAGUUUUAAAGGAUGCUCAUGUAACUGUGUUAAAAGGAGAAUUAAGGAAUAGGGACAACCUGGAAAUAGUUUACGUAGAUCCAGACUUCUUAUUUAGUGAGGAUCCCUUAAACCAUAUCUGGGAACAGUGGAGAGAGAACGUGGAAACUACAGCCUUUAAAAAUCAACAUUUGUCAAGAUUACUUGGAAUGGCUUGGCUAUGGAAGUAUGGUGGGAUGGUAUUGGAUACGGAUUUAUUAAUCCUCAAACCCAUUUACGGAUUAAACUCGUCAUAUUUAGUCAUAGAAAACACAGAUCCAGGAAGGGGAAUUAGUUCUGGAGUUGUUAAGUUAAGUAGGCAUCAUCCUUUUCUGAACAGCUUAUUGGGAUUCUUUUACAUCAACUAUGAUCCAACUAACAGAAAUGAAUGGAGCAAUGAAGACUUUACUGAGACUCUGAGUGAAUACUGCUCUGAGGAAAUAGAGGCGGGAGGGGGACGAGAACCAGGAGAGAAGGCCAACUAUAUAUACAGACGAAUUGGGAAAUCAAAAUCUUACGAUUGUAUGGAUUGCAAGAAACGCCGAGAGGAUGAUCUAACAGUGUUAAUUGGACAGCGAUGUAAAGAUAAUCUUAGAAUAUUUCCAACAAAACAGUUUUUUCCUUUAAAGGCAAAAGAGUGGGGGAAAAUCUUUGCAGAGGACUUCACGGAAGAAAGGGUUUUCCUGGCAUAUGAUGAGAAGGAUAGUGGAGUCCAUGCUAUUAAGCUUUGGAACGUUUAUAGCAGUCUUAUUCAGGUUGAAGAUCUCAGAAACGGAACAGGUUUUGUAACUCUGUCUGAGGAUCAUUGCUCAAACAUAUUUCACAGAAAUAUUAAACAAACCAUUGAAAACAGAUGGACAAAAAAGAUAACCUUUGGUGUGCCAGGGUGUCCUGUUGAACAUAUCACAGUUGAGAGGGAACAUUGAGAUUGUCUGUGAUAUUUAAACAUUUAUUUAUCUGUACAAUAUAAUGUAUUUAUUAUACAGGGUGUCCUGUUAAACAUAUCACAGUUGAGAGGGAACAUUGAGAUUGUCUGUGAUAAUACCAAAACAAUAUUUAAUCUGAUGUCUACUUAAAAGCGUAUAAGUCAUACAACAUUUUGUGUAAAAAGCUAGUAAGGAUCGAUCUAAGACGACAUGUAAAGUCACCUCAACUAAAAUGUUUAUCAAGACAUUCUGUACUUACACUGUAGUAUUUGGAGUUGAAACUCCUCUGCUCAAGAUUAGUCUUUAGCUAUAUUUUUAAUUCUAUUGAUUUAUUUUUAUCUUAUUUGUCGUUCAUCUUUGUAUUUAAUUUUCAAAAACGUUUGUUUUUCAAUUUUUGAAUUACUUUAUUUGCUAAUACUAAAGUACCCGUAAACUUAAGAGAGACAAAACAAUUACAAACUUUGCCAGCAAAUAAUCAAUAAAUUAAUCUCUUGGAAUUGAAGGGAAAUAUAAAAAAUUUUCGUAAAAAUUCUAAAAAAUAGUUUAAAAACAAUACUUUUUCUACAGAAAUUCAAAAUGUAAUUUUUUUUAUCUUAUAAUAAGGGAAGAAACUAAUUUGUAAUAGUUUAAGUCACAGUUUAAUCUUUUAAACCCUAAACUGACUGAGGGGGGGGGCGUUUAAUGCACCCCCCCCCCUCCAGUUUUUUUUUGCCCUAUCAAUUUUAUUUUUCACACUAUUA